UGCAUAUCGGAAACAAUAAGUGGGAGUGCAGACCAGUGGAAUACCAAUAGAUGGGAUGAAAACACCAGUGUAAAGCUGUGACGGGAGAUUUUAAGCGAUGCAGGUCACCUUGGCCACGGUGGGCAUGAGAGGGUGCCAGUGGUCCUGAUGCUGUGAAGGAGCCACUGUUAUGUAACAUGAAUCAUCAUGACAGAUUUUAGUUAGUGGUGCCUUAAACCUGACAUGGAACAAGUCUGGAUUCGUUUGGACAGGAAAUAAAGCAGAUCAGUUUUUUCACUAUGGAGGCCAUGGAGGAGGAGUCAAAGCCCAUUGUCCCCACCCCUGCUGUUUCCACAGCCUCUGCCUCCAGCCCACAAAGUGAAGCUGUAACCAAUGAACUGCAAGAUUUGUCUCUUCAGCCCGCCCCCAAUUUGCCUCCUAUUUACGAGAGGAAGAAUGUGCUCCAACUCAAACUUCAGCAGAGGCGAACUCGAGAAGAACUGGUUGACCAGGGGAUCAUGCCACCACUGAAAAGUUCAGCGUCUUUUCAUGAGCAGAGACGAAGUUUAGAACGAGCACGAACUGAGGACUACCUAAAGAGAAAGAUCCGCAGUCGUCCAGAGAGGUCAGAGCUGGUCAGGAUGCACAUUCUCGAAGAAACUUCAGCUGAACCAUCUCUUCAGGCCAAGCAGCUGCUGCUGAAACGAGCUCGUCUAGCAGACGACUUGAACGAUAAAAUCUCUCAGCGGCCCGGGCCCAUGGAGCUUGUUCACAAAAACAUCCUUCCUGUUCACAGCAGCAUCAAACAAGCCAUCAUAGAGACUGAGUUUCCAAAAGUAGAAGCGGAGAAUUCUUCGUUUGAUGAGGAAAGCAGUGAUGCAUUUUCACCGGAGCAGACAGCCAUUCAGGACUCUCCCCUUGGUCACACCCACUUACCUACUUCCGCUGAGUUACCAGCGAAUGAAGCCACACCAAAACAGGUCCCGCCUCCUCCUCCGCCUGCACUGCCAAGCCCCACCCCUCAGCAGAAACUUCUCAAUGGAACAACAGGCCAAAAGCAAGCUCCUGCACUACAGAAGAGUGGUAAAGUGAGUAGUGAGCGUCCUGCUCAGCGCUCUAAGAAAGUGAGAGACAAUAAACCUAAAGUCAAGAAGCUGAAAUAUCACCAGUAUGUUCCUCCGGAUCAGAAAGCUGAGCGUGAGCCUCCGCCUCUGCUCGACUCGUCCUACGCUAAACUCCUCUACCAACAGCAGCUCUUCCUCCAGCUACAGAUUAUCAACCAACAGCAGCAAAACUACAACUACCACACCAUCCUGCCAGCUCCACCCAAGCCUCCAGCUGAUCAGCAGCCUGCUUUAGCCAAUGGCCAGUCACAGUCCAAGAAUGACACUCCCCCUCAAUCAACAUCCACUAAUCUGACUAGUCAGAACCAACAGUCCACUAUAAAUGUAGGCAGAGUUAACAUAAGCCCACUGCCUCCCAACCUGGAGGAGCUAAAGGUGGCAGAGCUGAAGCAGGAGUUGAAACUGCGAGGCUUGACAGUCUCGGGCACAAAGAAUGACCUUAUUGAGCGGCUGAGGAAUUUUCAGGAGCAGAACGGUGGGACCAGCCCGCCAACACCUAAAACCAACACACCCUCAGCCCUAGGGGGAGGAGCCUCUUCCACACACCAAUCAACAGACAGGAACCUGAUGGUUGCUUCCUUCCAGUUCGGUGCCACUGCAGAAGGAGGGGGAACUCUGACAACAGCGCCAAUGAUGAUGCAGUUUGGCAGCACUAGCUCCUCCCCUCCGGUUUCCCCUGCCCACUCCGAGCGUUCAUCCACUGGAAUGAGUCCAGAUGAGGCGAGCUGUCAUGCAGAUGCUUUCGGGGAAAUGGUGAGCUCUCCUCUCACCCAGCUCUCCCUGCAGCCGUCUCCUCCUCUCCCGACCACUGUGUGCAUUAAAGAAGAGCCCUGUAGCCAAACAUAUCAAUCCUCCUCCUGCAUGCUUUCUCGUUCUGCAGACAAGGACCAGAUGCUGCUGGAGAAGGACCGGCGCAUUCAGGAGCUCACCAACAUGCUUUUGCAGAAGCAGCAGCUAGUUGAGUCCCUGCGUCUGCAGCUGGAGGGGAAACGGGUGCAAGAGCCCAAUCCAGUCAAAGAGGCGCUUCCUGCUGCCGUAAUUGAGGCUCUUAGAGUCACUGUAAAGGAGGAGGUGAUGGAGGUGGUGGAAGACAGUGAGAUGGUGACGGAGCCGCAGGUGGAGCUGGAGCAGCAGCAGAGGAUUGUAAUGCGACAGAAUCAACGCAACCUGCUGCAACAGACACAUCAGAGGAAGAGGAAAACACAGAAGCAGCAGAGACAAUUUCCUCAAGCACUUACCAACCAGCAGUCAAGUCCUGUUUCUUCAGUGCCAGUCAGCCCAGUUAACCCAAACUCCACCCCCACCAUAGUGACCGACGGCAACGGCAACCAGUUCCUGCUGACACUGUCUAAUCAGCACACAGAGGCCCCAGCCAGAGGCAGGCGCCCUCAGGGCAAAGCAACCAAUCAGAGCAGACUACAGAGACUGCAGUCGACAUCUACAACAUUACCCAACCAAUCAGAGGCUGAAUUGCUUAAUAAUAACAACCAGCCCGAGCCCAUACAAACUGUCAUUUUAAAACAGCCAAUCAAAAAGGCACUAAAGCCAGACCUAAAUGUGGCGACCAAUUACAAGGCAUCAAGCUCUUCCUUCGUCUCAACAUCAUUCUUCAGUUCAGUGGAUUCAAUGAAUGAUGGUGAUGUCGUCCCUUCAUCUCCCAACAACAACAACAAUAUUGAAAAUGUCUCCCAACAGCAUGUUGACGACCUGUUUGACAUCCUAAUCCAACGCGGAGAAAUCUCUGAGAAUUUCAAAGCAUCUCCUGAUCCUGUUCUUGAAAGGCUUCGGCCAAACACACCCCUCACCUUGAGCUUCUCUCCUCUCAAUCUCUCUCCUGCCUCUGAAAACACCAUCAAAACUUUAAUUGCAGAACCUCGACCUCCUUCCAUCAAGGUGCCCACCAGCUGUGCCACAGGUGCUGGACGUCUUGAAGAUUUCCUGGAAAGCACUACUGGCAAACCGUUACUGGGAGUGGAGCCAGGAGGACCGACCACGCUAAUCGUAGACCUCCACAAUCAAAUGCUAAGCACGCCGAGUAUCCUUGACCACCCACGGUGUCCAAUGGACACAUAUGACAUAAGCUUUUCCAGUCAUUCUGCUUCCGAUUUAGUAGACUCCGCCCCUGAUUCUAUGGAUUGGAUGGAGCUUGGAGUGGGCGCUUCUGCGGGGGAGGUGCCAGGGUUGGUACAUAUUAAUGGACACAACCCCUCCAGCUUGUUUUCUGCAGACUUUCUGGACACUUCUGAUCUGAACUGGUCCAGCUUGUAGUCAAUAGGAAUUCACAGACUAGUCUUUUUUUUUUUUUUUUUUUUUUAAAUGGCCCACAUAUUUCGCAUAGUAACUUCACCAGGAACUGUUUUAAUUUCGCUUUAACAAGUAUGAGUUAUAAUACUAACUUUACAUGGAUUAUAUUGCAUUUUAAAAAG